CAGAUGAUGAUGACUACUCUAAAAGAGGCCGUUAGAGCGGUCUCCAAGUCGGAGUUUAUACUGACCACGUGAUACCCUCAUUUCUCUCCCCCCAUUCUUUCCACGUGUCGCCCCCUCAUAAGUUUCCCUCCUUCACGUAACCAGUCCCCGCUCGCAAUAAAAACUCAGAUCCCCAACCAGAGCUCUCGCCACUGCCCAAACCGCACCGUAUUGCUCUAACCAAAUCCAAACAUGAUGACACUGCGCCCAAACCAGAAGGAGAACGACGACCAUCGGGAGAUCAUGGAGGAGGUUCAGCGGAGCUUGCUUUUCGUGUCGAAGCCCAAGGCGUGUACGGAGCAGGAGGAGAUGGAGCAGGACAGCGGGGGAUCGUCUGAGGAGAUGGAGUCGCCGAGGUCGGUUGGGCGAUGGAGGCGGAGGGCGAAGAGGGCGAGUUGUGUGCAUAGCCAGAUCUUGAGAAUUAGGGAGGAGGACGCGCAUCUCGGUGAGAGUACUAGUUUCGGCGCCAAAGAUCAUCAUCACAAGGUUGCUCAUGCCGUGGCUUCCGGCAUGGACGUUAUGCUCUUCGCCCGGCCCAUCUUGCCUUGCUCGCCCCUCAAGAACUCCGUCAACGCUUUCCACUAAAAGCUCCCUAUAUUGUUCAGG